GUUGACAUAUGGCGGGAAAUAGCACAUGCAGUACCUGCGUAGAUUCGGAAGUGAAUCGACCUUCCGUGUUUAUAGUUGCUGGCCACUUGACAGUGCAUUUAACCUACAGAUCAGCGGCAUGAUAGGUCAAGCGAAGAUCUCAUCCUUUUUCAGCCCGAAGAACGCUAAGAGGUCAGCAGACACUGCCAUAGACCAGAACACCCCCCCAAAGAAGAAUAAACCAGACAGCAUUCCAGCUGGUAAGGAAGAGGUCUCACCAAGCUCACAGACUUUGUCUCCAGAUCAACACAAGAAAAUAGAAGAAAACCGGAUAACGGCGCUAGCCAAAAUCCAUGCCAAGAAAACCUCAGGUCUUGUUGUCAAUGUUGGGAAAACAUGGCUGAAGGCUUUGGAGCCUGAAUUUUCUAAGACCUACUUUCUUGAGCUGAGUGAGUUUGUUCAGAAAGAGCGAAGCAAGUCUACCAUCUAUCCGCCGGUAGAUCAGGUGUUUAGCUGGACCCAAACCUCGGACAUUGAUCAAGUGAAGGUCGUGAUACUAGGACAGGACCCGUACCAUGGACCCAAGCAGGCACAUGGCCUGUGUUUUAGUGUACAACAAGGGGUCCAACCUCCACCCAGCCUGGUGAACAUGUACAAGGAGCUCGCGAAGGACAUCGAUGGUUUUGAGCAGCCGGGCCACGGCACCCUCAAUGGCUGGGCCAGACAAGGUGUGCUGCUCCUCAAUGCCUGUCUGACCGUGCGCGCCCACAACGCCAACUCCCACGCCGGCAAGGGCUGGGAGAAGUUCACUGACGCUGUCAUCUCCUGGCUCAACAAAAAUGGGGAGGGGAUCGUCUUCAUGCUGUGGGGAGCCUACGCCCAGAAGAAGGGGGCCUGCAUUGACAAGAAACGGCAUCAUAUCCUAAAGGCUGUCCAUCCAUCCCCACUUUCUGCGCACAGGGGGUUCUUCGGAUGCAAGCACUUCUCCCAGUGUAACUCGCUGCUGAAACAGCAGGGCAAGACACCCAUUGACUGGGGGAGGCUCCCCAGGGUGUAGAGAAGUCCAAAGAACGAGGAACAUGCAAACGAAUCAGUUUUACUUCAUUAUUAUCAAAUACAUGACUGCAGAUACUGAAAAAGACAGAGAUGUAGAUGUGUUUAUUUCAAAAUUGUUUGCACAGAAAAAGUGUCAGUUUUGUUUUAAUUUGUUUUUAUUUGUAACAAUUAAGUCUCAGUAUUCUCCGCUCACACUGCAAUGCUAUUCUGUUAUUUUGAGUAUACCACAUUGUUAUACCACAUGGUUAUACCACACAUUCUGUGUUCGCUGUAUGUAUUUGAUAGUAGAGGGACUUAUCAGGAGACUUAUUGAUGAUUUUGUUACACUUGGAACCAAACUGAAAAAUUCAAUUCAAUCAUAUUUUAAGUAACUGUUUGAAUGUUUUUGACCGAGGAGCCUUGAGUUGGGCAUAUUUGAUAGGAAGAUCCUUUUAUGAUGUUAGGGACUAACUUUCAACGAAUUCAAGAUUCAGUGCUCCACAGUCCCUUGACCUCUAUAUCGAUAUCAGCAUUCAUGGAGGAAUUUGGAAACUGUUCAAAUGGAUUUUCUGUAUUGUUUUGUUCAUGUGUAUAUGACUCUCACUGUUUUGGUCAUGUUCAGAUAUGAAAUAGAAAAUGAAAAAAUGCUAAAUUUCACAUAGCAAUGAUAGUACAAUAGUGACGUCCCUGUUGAAACAGUGUGACUGUGUUGUCCAGGACUCUCAAAAUACUCUUGCAUACAGAUCCGGGAAAGAAUAGGUCUUCAACAUCACAUGCUUUCCGUAACAUGCGACUAUGGUUGUCGUUAAAGGCGACUAACAGGAUCGAGCGGUCAGGCUUUCUGACUUGGUUGAUGCAUGUCAUCGUAUUCCAAUUGCGUUGGGCCCGUGAAGAUCCUGGGUAGAAUAGGUCUUCAGCAACCCAUGCUUGCUGUAAAUGGUGACUAUGCUUGUCGUAAGAAUGGACUAACAGAAUCGAGUGGUCCGGCUCACUGACUUGGUUGAUGCAUGUCAUCAAACCCAAUUGCGUAGAUCGAUGCUCUUGAUAUUAAUCACUGGAUUGUCUGGUCCAGACUCGAUUACUUACAGACUGCCGUCAUAUAGCUGGAAUAU